ACGGACGAAUUCGAGAACGGUAUCAUUCACAUCCCAGUCCCAAGACAAGAAUGAAAGCCUUCGCGUGCAUUUUGGUAGCCCUGUGCGUCAGCGGCAUUAGCUGUGGAGAGUCUUCUACUAAGGAGAAGAGAUCCAUCUUUCAUCAUGGAGGAAUUGGCGGUUACAGCAGCUACGGCAGCGGAGUUUACGGUUUGGGAGGUUAUGGAGGUAGUUACGACAGCGGAUUAGUCGGUGGAUACAGCAGCGGUUUCGGAGGUGGAUAUGGAAGCCUCGGUUUUGGAAGCGGUAUUGGCGCCGGUUUCGGAAGUGGUAUUGGUGGUGCUGUUGUUACUGUGACCAAGAAUGUUGCCGUUCCAGUACCACAACCCUUCCCAGUUACCGUCACCAAGGCAGUACCAGUUCCAUUUGCCGUUAAGGUACCAGUCCACAUCCCGAAACCAUACCCAGUUGCUGUCCCACACCCAGUCCCAGUCAAGGUACCAGUCGUCGUUAAAGUGCCCCAUGCCGUCCCAUACCCAGUCAGUGUACCAAAACCAUACCCAGUUGAAGUAAUCAGGAAUGUACCAGUCUCUGUACCAACCCCAGUCGUAGUACCCGUCCACACCCACUCUCACACCACCAGCGGAAUCAGUGCUGGUAUCGGAGGUGUCGGAAUCGGUUCUGGAAUUAUUGGACACGGUGGAAUCGUUGGAGGAAGCAUCGGUGGAAUCAGCGGAGGAUAUUACGGAUCCGAUUUGAACAACUACGGCUCAGGAUGGUAAACAUUCCGAUAAAAAGAUCCAUUUAUAUAUGCUGCACAAGUUCAAA